AAAUCAAACCCCAAAGGUUAUGUGCAGCGUCCAGCCGAUGUUUUGAUAUCUUAAAACCGAAUUUAAAUCAACAAAACCCACAAAAAUCAUCAAAUAAAACACCUCACAUCAAUAAACAAAGUUAAAACUGAAUCUCACAAUGAAAACCCGAAACAAAUCCAAACUAAACAAAACCAAGUCGAAAAAAUCCACCGCAAUGCCUCACCACCGCCUCGAAGACAAAGCCGACCUCCUCAAAAACACCAAAGGCCACAUCCCGGACGUAUUAUACACCGACAACGGCACCGUAUUCUACCCAUGCAAGAACUGCUGUCGAGCAUUCGCCCAGAAGACAGACCUACUCAAACAUCAAGUGUUUUGCUUCAAUCCAGUCACACCAGUCCAACAAUCAACACCAACACUACCAUUAAACUCCGUGGAGAAUACCAUGGACUCCAAUGAGAAAACCAUCAAAUCUCCAUCAGCAUUAGCAUCAGCAUCAGAAUUAAACAACAACUACAAUGAACAUGGAGUAGAAGUACUUGAGUUAGACUUUCAAAUUGAUAAUAAAUCAAAAUCAAGCACAUCUGCAUUAAAAUCAAAACUAGAUGAAAAAGUAUUAAAAGUAGACACAAUUCCACAUGGUAUAAACUCAUUCGACUUAAAAACAAAAGCAAAAAUUGUUAAAACCCUAAACAAUUCAUUAGAAAACAAUGGAUUCACUGUUUUUGUGAUGAAUAACGGCGAUAUCGUCACGAAAAUGUACGCUACCAAUGAUUACCCACAACUGGAAUUCAUCACACGUUUAACCACUGAUAAAGAAACAAACGUAGAAAAGGUACACAUCACUCUAAAACGCUCCCAGAGUGAUUCUCCUGAUACCCUACCUAAAGAACUCAAUAAUCUACCAGAAAUACCAAAGUUACUCGAGAAAAUCUUCGGUGCAGACGAGUUAUUCACAAGAUUAAACCAACAAAAUGAAGAAAACGACGUUAAACAAGCCUCGGAUGAGAUACUAAUGCACAUUGAUGAGGAACACUUCCCGACUGAUGAUCAGGUGAUGUCUAUGGCUGGCAGGGAUGGUACUAUUGUCUUAGAAGAUUUGGAUAUUCAUAUUUGUAAGCAAUGUGGGGCUGUGUAUCACACGCUGAGUGAUUUAGUGCUGCAUGAUAAGUAUGACCAUCGGAAGAUUAAGAAGAAGUUCUCGUUGGAAGAGGUGGAAAGGUUUGGGGUUGCGUUUAAGAAUAGCGUGGAUAAUGAGUGUCCGAUUUGUUUUAAGAAGUUGAAGGGUAAAGGUAGUUGGCCACGACAUGCACAGUCACAUAGUGAGGUGGGGAUGUUUCAGUGUGCGGUGUGUAAGAAGAGGUUUACGAGGGAUGAUCAUAGGAAGAAUCAUGAGAGUAGGCAUGUGAUUUGUGUGGAUUAGUGGAUUGAUGAUUUAGUGGAGUUGGAGUUAUGGGUGCAAUAUAAGAGUUUUUGGGUUUUUGAUGAAUUUUUUGGUGAGGAAUUGGAUGGUUUUUGGUUAGAUUUUGUGUGGAUGUGGGUGGUAUGUUGGGUUAUGAUGUUAUGAAGGAAUUUUUGAUGGAUGGUGGUUUAGUUAGGAGUUGUGAGGGUUUGAAGUGGGAAUUAUGAUGAUUUUUAUAAUUUUUUGGGUUUUUUUUUUGUUAAUAAUUAAAGAAAUAAUGAAGGAAUUUUGAAAUUAUUUUGGGAGGGUGAUAAUAAUGAUGAUAAGGAAUAAUACUAGAAAGUUUAAACAAAUUUGGAGUGAUAGUUUUCUCAGAAUGUUGAAAAACGUGACUUAAUUUUUGAAAAGAUUAAAAUUUAAUAUUUUACAGCAAAAAUUGUCAUAACUAUUAAACGCUUGGUUCGAUUUUAACGAAAUUUAUUAUUAUCAACCACAAAAAGGUUUACUAUAAGCCUAUGAAGUGAUAAAUAAUUAAUUUUUUGUUUAAACAAAGUUAUUAUGGUUUUUAUGUGAAAAAUUUUGAUAAUUUAAUGAUUUUUUUAGUUUUUUUGUUAAUAACUUGAGAAAAAAUGAAGGAAUUUUGAAAUCUGUAUGGGAAGAUAUAAUAAGGAUUGUAAUGAAUAAUCCUUGAAAGUUUAAACAAAAUCCAAGCAAUAGUUUUCUCAAAAUAUCGAUAAAACUGACUUAGUUUUUGAGAAACUCUAAUACGAAUAUAGACUUUUAUAGAAAAACACUCAUAACUUUUGAACGCGUGAAUAGAUUUUAAUGAAAUUUGCAAUAAUUCACCCAAAGAAGUCUUACUUUAAUCUUAUGAAAUGAUAAACAAUUACUUUUUUGUAAAAACAAAGUUAUGAAUAAUUCUAUGAAGAAAACCAAUUUUGAUUUAAUUUUUUACGCAUCUUAGCAGUUUUUCUAUAAUACCAACAAAAGUAUUCAUCAAAUAUCUGAAUCCUUCUUACCAGGCAUAACCAACAACAUUACACAUAACCUCAAAUUUGUUUGAACCCUAUAUCUCUUUUAGUUUUUAUGCAAUCAUCAAAAAUGUAAACAAAAACCUCAAAAACCAAGUAAUUGCAACUCGUAACUCUUAAAAUGCAAUAUUGACUGAUUGUUUUCAACAUAUUUUUAGAAUAACUAAUAUUUUCUUUUAAUAAGAUUGCACUUUACUACUUUUUAUGCAAUAUUAGACUGAUAUUCGCCUUAUUACUCUUUUAACUCUUGAAAAUAACAAGAAAUGAAAACGAUAAUCAAAAAUUGUUCAUAAUUAGUCUACAUUUGAUGCAUUUACGAUGACGAGUGCAUUGAAUUUGUUACGUAUUCAGGUUGAAUACCUCUUUGAGCGAUUCACGACACAUCCUGUGAUGUGCCAUGUUGCGUCACACACGCGUGAGGUAAUUGAUUCGCCAACGACGCAUGGAAUGCAAAUGAAGCUCCAAAUACGAUCGGCAUACAUAUGUUAUUAUACAGAACGCGAGAAAACAAUGCAACAAAAAGACUAAACACUAAACUGAUCGCAAUUGAAGGAGUUUUUUUUUGUGAAUUUUGUGUUUUGUUACUACUCUCAUCAUGUAUUAUGUUAUUAUUAUAACUUCAGCAUAUCAGCACCAUAAUUAUUUAGUUUUAUAGUGGAUAUUUAGUGUAUGGUUACUGUGUGGGUUAUGAAUAUUUCAUCUUUUCACCUGAUUAUUGCAAUUGGAAAUGAAAAUGGAAAUUACGUUUUCAUGCGUAUUGUAUUUAUGAAUUAUGCAUUAUAUUAUGAUUAUUACUUGAUUGUUGAAUUAGAAUACCAAAAUUACUGUUUGUUUAACGAUUGGAGUGAAUUUACGAAUAAAAACUUUGAAUAUAAAAAGUGUAA